CGCCGCCGCCGCUGUCAAAGUGGAUCCCGGGCGCUGCGCUGCGAUGGAGAGACGGGAAGCGGCGGAGCGGCCGGCGCGAGGGAAGGAGGAGGAGGCGGAGGAGGAGGAGCGGGAAGAAGGCGAAGGAAGGAGGGAAGCGGCCGAGUGAGGAGCGGCCCGGCCCGGGCAAGGCAGGCGAAAGCCCCGAAGCGGAGUCCUCCGUCUGCGCCGCUGCCCUCCUCUUCCUCCUCCGCCUCUUCCAGCCAUGCUCUGCCCGGCGCGCUGCAGCUGAUCCGCCGAUGCCCUUCGGGCGCCUGCCCGCCUUCGGCCUCUCCCUGCCGGCUGCUGCAACCGCCUCCCGCGGGGCCGCUUCUCUCUGCCUCCGCCGCCGCCGCCUGAGCUCCUGCAGCCGCGGCCAUGCGGGCUUUCCCCUUCUGAAGAUGGCGCUGGGGAACCGCGGCCCCCGUUAGACUCCAUGACUGUCAGAAACAUCGCCUCCAUUUGUAAUAUGGGCACCAAUGCCUCCGCUCUGGAAAAAGACAUUGGGCCAGAGCAAUUUCCACUUAAUGAACACUACUUUGGACUGGUCAACUUCGGCAACACAUGUUACUGCAACUCCGUCCUGCAAGCUCUGUACUUCUGCCGGCCGUUUCGGGAAAAUGUGCUGGCGUAUAAGGCCCAGCAGAAAAAAAAGGAAAACCUCUUGACGUGCCUGGCAGAUCUUUUCCACAGCAUUGCUACGCAAAAGAAGAAAGUCGGGGUGAUUCCCCCCAAAAAAUUCAUCUCAAGGCUACGGAAGGAGAAUGAUCUUUUUGACAACUACAUGCAGCAGGAUGCUCACGAAUUUUUGAAUUACUUGCUGAACACGGUUGCCGACAUUCUACAAGAGGAGAAAAAGCAGGAAAAACAAAACGGCAAGCUGAAAAACGGCAACAUGAACGAAGCGGAAGAGAACAACAAACAGGAGCUCACCUGGGUGCACGAGAUUUUUCAAGGAACCUUGACCAAUGAAACGAGAUGUUUGAACUGCGAAACUGUUAGCAGCAAAGAUGAAGAUUUUCUUGAUCUCUCUGUUGAUGUAGAACAGAACACGUCCAUAACUCACUGUUUAAGAGACUUCAGCAACACCGAAACGUUGUGCAGUGAACAGAAAUACUACUGUGAGACUUGCUGCAGCAAGCAGGAGGCUCAGAAACGGAUGAGGGUGAAGAAGCUUCCAAUGAUCCUCGCCUUGCACCUGAAGCGGUUCAAGUACAUGGAGCAGCUACACCGGUACACCAAGCUCUCCUACCGAGUGGUCUUCCCCUUGGAGCUACGACUCUUCAAUACAUCGGGAGACGCCAUCAAUUUGGACCGCAUGUAUGACUUGGUGGCUGUUGUCGUUCACUGUGGCAGCGGCCCUAACCGUGGACACUAUAUCACCAUUGUGAAAAGUCAUGGCUUCUGGCUAUUGUUUGAUGAUGAUAUCGUAGAGAAAAUCGAUGCGCAAGCUAUUGAAGAAUUCUACGGCCUGACGUCCGAUAUAUCAAAAAAUUCAGAAUCUGGAUAUAUUUUAUUUUACCAGUCAAGGGAAUGAUUGGGAAGACUUGUGACUUUCUCCAUGCCAGAAUGGAUCCUGACCAACACUUUUAACUGACUACUCUGUAGAUCUGACCAAUACAGCCCACGCAGGAUCAUUGCUUAAUCGUUGACUAAAACUCCUAACUUAUGUCUAGAAGAUUCUCCCAUCUUAAGUCCUCAACGAAAAAGAACAAAUGUAUAGAGACUCACAUUCAUCAGGUGAAUCCACCGAAUUGAGGUAUAAUGUUGGAUAGAUGCUUGCAUCGCCGUUAAGGACCAUUUCUUCACCCAUUCCUAUGCAGCAGUGAUUUUUUUUCAGACGGUUCCAUGUGGAGUUGUUGAGUUUUUUAAACGAUUCACGAGUGUCCCUCCUCAAAAAUUAAGACCACUCAAAAUGAGAGCAAUCUAUGCGACAACCACUAGGGGGCCUACGACAACUUGCCACAGCCAACUCGCCAUGGGACGAGUGGCACUUAGAUCGAAGGAAUAGAAAUAGAAUCAUUAAAGGAUGCUAAAGGAAGGACAAAAAUGAAACCUGGAUGACAAUAAUUAAACGGAAUUGUUGAGUGGUUGCAUGGUGAGUUGGCCAUGUCGGGUUGUCGUGCAGCGAGUUGGCCGUGGCAAGUUCCCAUUCCAUUACUAAAGGUCACUAUCAGACUAAAUCAGUGAUGGCUAACUUUUUGGGGAGCAAGGGGAGGGGAGCACGGGGGGGG